AUGUCUGAAUACGGUGAAUCCUCACCUUAUCAACUUCAAGGAGGUUAUGUUUAUACUGAUCAACAACAGCAACCAUCACAGCCACAGCCACCGUUUGGCUAUCAGUAUUAUCAAUUUACAAACGUUCCAAAUCAGUACAAUGGUCAAAAUCAAUAUGGCAACACUUCACAACCUGUCGAAAAUGCAGCUGAAAAGUUAGAGGAAAAAGCCCGAAAAUGGCAACAAAUGCAAUCGAAACGAUAUGGUGAAAAAAGAAAGUUUGGAUUCAUUGAACACGAAAAGGUUGAUAUGCCACCUGAGCAUAUUAGAAAGAUCAUCAAAGAUCACGGUGAUAUGUCCAGUAAAAAAUAUCGACAUGAUAAAAGAAUAUAUCUUGGUGCCUUAAAAUAUGUCCCUCAUGCUGUAUUAAAACUUUUGGAAAAUAUGCCAAUGCCUUGGGAACAGGUUCGUGAAAUACCUGUUUUAUACCAUAUUACUGGUGCAAUUACAUUCGUAAAUGAGAUUCCAUGGGUUAUCGAGCCUGUUUAUAUAGCUCAAUGGGGUACUAUGUGGAUUAUGAUGCGCAGGGAAAAACGUGAUAGACGACAUUUCAAACGUAUGCGUUUUCCGCCAUUUGAUGAUGAAGAACCGCCACUGGAUUAUGGUGAUAAUAUUCUAGAUGUCGAACCAUUAGAGGCAAUCCAAAUGGAAUUAGAAGAAGAGGAAGAUGCACCUGUCUUCGAAUGGUUUUACGACCACAAACCAUUAGUGGACACAAAAUUUGUAAAUGGACCAACAUACAGACGAUGGAAGUUGAAUUUACCAAUAAUGUCGACUUUAUACCGUUUGGCACAUCAGCUAUUAUCAGACCUCACCGAUUCAAAUUAUUUUUAUCUAUUUGAUCUAAAGUCGUUUUUUACUGCAAAAGCUCUAAAUAUGGCGAUUCCUGGAGGGAGCAAAAAUGCUAAAAAUUACACUUUUUCAUUUAUGAUAGAUAUGGAUACAGCGGACGAUGACUGGAAUGAAUUUAAUGACAUAAAUAAAAUCAUAAUACGACAACCUAUUCGCACUGAAUAUAAAAUUGCUUUUCCUUUUCUGUAUAAUUCACUUCCACGAUCUGUUCAUGUAUCAUGGUAUCAUGAACCAUCUGUGGUUUAUAUUCGUUCAGAGGAUCCGGAUUUGCCGGCUUUUUACUUUGAUCCUAUCAUCAAUCCUAUUUCAUCGCGUAAUUUUGUUCCACAAAGCUCGGCAAUAACUCAUGAAGAUGAAAUAUUUGGCGAUAAAGAAGAAGACGAUGAGUUUAUACUUCCAGAGAAAGUCUCUCCAUUUUUAGAAAGUAUACCACUUUAUACGGAUACUACUGCUGAUGGGAUAGCUUUAUGGUGGUCUCCACAUCCAUUUAAUAAACGUAGCGGACGAAUGCGAAGAGCAGAAGAUAUACCCCUAGUUAAGAAUUGGUAUCUUGAACAUUGCCCGCCAGGACAACCUGUUAAAGUUCGAGUUUCAUAUCAAAAGCUUAUAAAAUGUUAUGUGCUAAAUGCACUAAAACAUAGACCACCAAAGGCUUUGAAUAAAAAAUAUUUGUUCCGUCAGUUGAAAUCCACAAAAUUCUUUCAAACAACUGAACUCGACUGGGUUGAGGCCGGAUUACAAGUCUGUCGUCAAGGCUACAACAUGCUCAAUCUUUUGAUUCAUCGAAAGAAUCUAAAUUACUUACAUCUUGAUUAUAAUUUUAAUUUGAAACCUGUAAAAACUCUUACUACGAAAGAACGUAAAAAGUCUCGAUUUGGAAAUGCAUUCCAUUUAUGUCGUGAAAUUUUACGUCUAACAAAGUUGGUUGUCGAUUCACAUGUACAAUAUCGUUUGGGAAAUGUUGAUGCAUUCCAACUAGCUGACGGCCUUCAGUAUAUCUUUGCGCACGUCGGUCAACUGACUGGGAUGUAUCGAUAUAAAUAUCGUUUAAUGAGACAGAUUCGAAUGUGCAAAGAUUUGAAACAUCUUAUAUAUUAUCGAUUUAAUACUGGUCCAGUAGGUAAAGGACCAGGAUGUGGAUUUUGGGCACCAGGAUGGCGAGUUUGGUUAUUUUUCAUGAGAGGAAUAGUUCCUCUUUUAGAACGUUGGCUUGGGAAUUUGUUGGCUCGUCACUUUGAAGGUCGUCACUCUAAGGGAAUUGCAAAAACUGUAACUAAGCAACGUGUAGAAUCUCACUACGAUCUUGAACUUCGUGCUGCAGUCAUGCAUGAUAUCCUAGAUAUGAUGCCUGAAGGUAUCAAGGCGAAUAAAUCAAAGACUAUAUUACAACAUUUAAGUGAAGCAUGGAGGUGUUGGAAAGCAAACGUUCCAUGGCAUAUAAUGGGAAUGCCAAAGCCUAUUGAGAAUAUGAUUUUAAGAUAUGUCAAAAGUAAAGCAGAUUGGUGGACUAGUGUAGCACAUUAUAAUAGAGAAAGAAUUAGAAGGGGUGCAACAGUUGAUAAAACGGUUUGCAAGAAAAAUCUUGGUCGUUUGACGCGUUUGUGGCUAAAAGCUGAACAAGAGCGUCAACAUAAUUAUCUCAAAGAUGGUCCUUAUAUAACAGCAGAGGAAGCGGUAGCUAUAUAUACGUCCACUGUACAUUGGCUGGAAAGCCGUAAAUUUUCACCUAUUCCCUUUCCACCUCUUUCCUACAAACAUGACACAAAAUUGUUAAUUUUGGCUCUUGAAAGGUUGAAAGAGGCUUAUAGCGUUAAAGGACGUCUUAAUCAAAGCCAAAGAGAAGAGUUAGGAUUGAUCGAACAGGCAUAUGAUAAUCCACAUGAGGCAUUAAGUCGAAUUAAACGUUUAUUAUUAACACAGAGAGCCUUUAAAGAAGUCGGAAUUGAAUUUAUGGAUCUUUAUAGUCAUUUGAUUCCAGUAUUUGACGUCGAACCACUCGAAAAAAUUACUGAUGCUUACCUUGAUCAAUAUCUUUGGUAUGAAGGUACAAAGAGAAAUCUAUUUCCAGCGUGGGUCAAACCAUCAGACACUGAACCUCCGCCAUUGCUUGUUUACAAAUUUUGCCAAGGAAUUAACAAUUUGACAGAUGUUUGGGAAACAUCCCAAGGGGAGAUUAAUGUUAUGUUGGAAACACAAUUUAGUAAAGUUUAUGAAAAGAUUGAUUUAACUUUGUUGAACAGGCUCUUAAGAUUGAUCUUAGAUCAUAAUUUGGCUGAUUAUAUGACCGCAAAGAAUAACGUAGUACUUAACUAUAAAGAUAUGAAUCACGUAAAUGCAUAUGGCCUUAUUCGUGGAUUACAAUUCGCUAGCUUUAUCUUUCAAUAUUAUGGACUCAUUUUGGAUUUAUUGGUUAUUGGACUUCAAAGAGCUUCAGAAAUUGCUGGUCCUCCUCAGAUGCCAAAUGACUUCUUACAGUUCCGCGACGUUGCUACAGAGACUCGACAUCCUAUUAGAUUAUAUUGUCGCUACAUAGAUAAAAUCCAUAUUUUCUUCCGCUUUAAUGCAGAUGAAGCUAGAGAUUUAAUUCAACGUUAUUUGACCGAACAUCCAGAUCCAAACUCAGAAAACAUAGUUGGUUACAAUAACAAGAAAUGUUGGCCACGAGAUUGUCGCAUGCGAUUAUUUAAGAGUGAUGUUAACGCCGGAAGAGCUGUAUUCUGGGAUAUAAAAAAUAGAUUACCACGUUCGCUUACCACAAUAGAAUGGGAUGAUACUUUUUGUAGCGUUUAUUCUAAGGACAAUCCAAAUGUUUUAUUCUCUAUGUGCGGUUUUGAGGUUAGAAUACUUCCAAAGAUUCGAAGUCUCAACGAGGAAUUCACUCUCAAAGAUGGAGUUUGGAACUUAAUAAAUGAGCAAACAAAAGAAAGAACAGCUCAGGCAUUCCUUCGCGUUGACGAAGAAUCAAUGCAAAAAUUCCACAAUCGUGUUCGUCAAAUAUUAAUGGCUAGCGGAUCAACCACAUUUAGUAAAAUCUCAAAUAAAUGGAAUACUUGUCUUAUUGGACUGAUGUCCUAUUUUAGAGAAGCAGUUGUGCAUACACGUGAAUUAUUGGACAUAAUCGUUAAAGCAGAAAAUAAAAUUCAAACAAGAAUUAAGAUUGGACUUAAUUCUAAGAUGCCUUCUAGAUUUCCACCUGUCGGACUAGGAAUGUUAUCUAUGGGGCACGUUCUCAUACCGCAAAGUGAUCUUCGUUGGAGUCAACAAACUGAAACUGGAAUAACUCACUUUAGAUCAGGAAUGAGUCACGAAGAAGACCAACUAAUCCCGAAUUUGUUCAGAUACCUUCAACCUUGGGAGUCGGAAUUUAUUGACUCUCAACGUGUGUGGGCCGAAUAUGCACUUAAACGUCAAGAAGCCAAUGCCCAAAAUAGAAGAUUGACCCUUGAAGAUCUUGAAGAUUCUUGGGAUCGUGGUUUACCAAGAAUAAAUACUUUGUUUUCUAAAGAUCGACAUACCUUAGCUUAUGAUAAAGGGUGGCGUGUCAGAACGGACUUUAAGCAAUAUCAAGUAUUAAAGAACAAUCCAUUCUGGUGGACACAUUCCAGACAUGAUGGAAAACUGUGGUGUCUCAAUAAUUAUAGAUCUGAUAUGAUUCAAGCCUUAGGUGGAGUCGAAGGGAUCUUAGAACAUACACUCUUUAAAGGUACAUACUUUGUUACAUGGGAGGGAUUAUUUUGGGAAAAGGCGUCAGGUUUUGAAGAGAGUAUGAGAUAUAAGAAAUUGACGAAUGCUCAGCGUUCUGGUCUAAACCAAAUUCCCAAUCGUCGAUUUACGUUAUGGUGGUCGCCAACAAUUAAUCGAGCAAACGUAUACGUUGGUUUCCAAGUCCAACUAGAUCUUACGGGUAUAUUUAUGCACGGAAAGAUUCCAACUUUAAAGAUUUCGUUGAUUCAAAUUUUCAGAGCCCAUUUAUGGCAAAAGGUGCACGAAAGUGUUAUUAUGGAUCUUUGUCAAGUAUUUGAUUCUGAACUUGAAAGUUUGCAGAUAGAAACGGUGCAAAAAGAGUCUAUUCACCCUAGAAAAUCAUAUAAGAUGAACUCAUCAUGUGCUGAUAUAUUACUAUUUGCCUCAUAUAAAUGGAACAUAUCUAAACCUUCGCUUUUGAAUGAUAAUAAGGAUGUUAUGGAUGGAACAACAACAUCAAGAUGGUUUGUGGAUUGUCAACUAAGAUGGGGUGAUUUUGAUUCUCACGAUAUUGAAAGAUAUACGAGAGCAAAAUUCCUAGAUUAUUCUACUGAUAAUAUGAGCAUAUAUCCAUCACCAUUUGGUAUUAUGAUUGGUAUCGAUUUGGCCUAUAAUCUGCAUAGUGCUUAUGGUCAUUGGAUUCCAGGAAUGAAGCCGUUGAUUCAAUCUGCGAUGGCUAAAAUUAUGAAAGCCAAUCCAGCAUUAUACGUUUUGCGAGAACGUAUCCGAAAAGGUUUACAAUUAUACAGUUCAGAACCUACUGAACCAUACCUAUCAUCUCAGAACUAUUCCGAAUUAUUUUCAAAUCAAAUUAUUUGGUUCGUGGAUGAUACUAACGUAUAUCGUGUGACAAUCCAUAAAACAUUCGAAGGAAACUUGACAACUAAACCUAUCAAUGGUGCUAUUUUCAUUUUCAACCCAAGAACUGGUCAGCUGUUUUUAAAAAUCAUUCACACAUCAGUCUGGGCUGGACAAAAACGUUUGGGUCAAUUAGCGAAAUGGAAAACUGCCGAAGAAGUGGCUGCCUUGAUUCGUUCAUUACCGAUCGAAGAACAACCUAAACAGAUUAUUGUAACUAGAAAAGGAAUGUUGGAUCCUCUCGAAGUACAUUUACUUGAUUUUCCAAACAUUGUCAUUAAAGGAAGUGAGUUACAAUUACCGUUCCAAGCUUGUCUCAAACUCGAAAAAUUUGGAGAUUUGAUCUUACGCGCUACAGAGCCUCAAAUGACAUUGUUCAAUCUAUUCGAUGAUUGGCUUAAAACGAUUUCUUCAUAUACUGCGUUUUCUCGUCUUAUUCUUAUACUAAGAGCUCUACAUGUAAACACAGAAAAAACAAAAUUGAUUUUACGUCCCGAUAAGAAUACAAUAACAGAACCCCAUCAUAUCUGGCCAACGUUAAGUGAUGAAGAAUGGAUCAAAGUCGAAGUCGCACUUAAAGAUUUAAUUUUGGCAGAUUACGGAAAAAAGAACAAUGUUAAUGUCGCUUCUCUAACUCAAUCUGAAAUUCGUGACAUUAUACUUGGUAUGGAAAUUUCAGCACCAUCACUUCAACGCCAGCAGAUCGCAGAAAUUGAGAAACAAACUAAAGAACAAAGUCAGCUUACCGCUGUUACAACCAAGACUCAAAAUGUGCAUGGUGACGAAAUGCUAGUUGUUACUACAAGCAACUAUGAGACACAAACAUUCUCGUCAAAGACAGAGUGGCGCGUGCGAGCUAUUUCAUCAACAAAUUUACACCUUCGUACUAACCAUAUCUAUGUUAAUGCUGAAGAUAUAAGAGAUACUGGUUAUACUUAUGUCCUCCCAAAGAAUGUGCUCAAACGUUUCAUUCAAAUCUCCGAUCUCCGCACUCAAAUUUCAGCUUAUUUGUAUGGAAUUUCGCCACGUGAUAAUGCUCAAGUCAAAGAAAUUAGAGCAUUGGUUAUUGUUCCACAAUAUGGUACUCAUCAAACGGUUAACCUGCCUAACAUGCUUCCAGAUCACGAACAAAUUAGAGACCUUGAACCACUUGGACUUAUUGUCACGCAGCCGUUCGAAACCGCACAGCUUUCUCCAACUAUCUUAUCUUUACAUGCCAGAAUAGUAGCAGAUAAUAAAAAUUGGGAUGGCGAUAAGACAAUAACAAUGACUGUGAGCUUUACACCCGGAUCAUGCUCCCUCACAGCUUAUAAAUUAACACCUGCUGGAUUCGAAUGGGCUCGUAAUAACAAAGACACAUCAAUGAAUCCACCAGGUUAUCUUCCGACAUUUGCAGAAAAAGUCCAAAUGUUGCUCUCAGAUCGAUUUAUGGGAUUCUUCAUGGUUCCGGAAAAUGAUAUUUGGAAUUAUUCAUUCAUGGGUCCUAGUCAUAGUACAAGUAUGAAAUAUACCCUUAAGCUUGAUGUUCCUAAAGAGUUUUAUCAUGAAUUACAUAGGCCGCAACAUUUUCUCAAUUUCUCUUCCAUGGAGGAAGAUGUUGAAGCUGAUCGUGAAGAUGCAUUUGCUUAA